AUGAGCAGAAACAUUGCAAUUGGAGAGGAAAUCUAUGACAAUUGUCGAGCGGUCUGUCACUGUGGACACGACGCCCGACUCAACUGUGCGGCCAUAGAGUGUCCGCACAAUUUUGCGCCCCACGUCUCCGAUUGUCUCGAAUGGGAUAUUGACCCCCAUUUCAUACCCACUCCACCCAAUUGUUGUCCAAAACCCAAAUGCAAAAAUGACGGCUCGUGUUCUUUCGCUGGAAUUCGUUUUCCAAACUUUAAACACAUUCCUCAGGAACUGCUUCCGUGUGGCACCAGAUGUGUGUGUCUUAAAGGCAAAGUUGACUGCGAAAACCGCUGCCCUUCAGUACCCGAUAUUCCACCGCCACAUAUGCCGUGUCCGACAACACACGCCUAUAGGGGUCAUCUGCCCGGCGAUAAUUGUUGUCUCCAUUGGUUAUGUCGAGAACAGGAGAAGUCAACAAAUCAUUGCUCACACAAUGGAAAGCGGUAUAAAUUGGGUGAACAAUGGGAUGAGAAGGGACAGGGGGUUAAGAGGCGCUGUCAGUGUAGUAUUAACAAUGGAUUGCCUAACGUUCAGUGCCAUCCCGGAGGAUGUCCGCAAAUAACCGAUCGCUUCUUACAGCCGACCCUCGACUGUCCCAAUCCUACUGUUGUCAUACCUGACGAUCCCCUCGUACUCUGUCCUUACGUUAUAUGCAAUGACUCUAAAGAUUCAGGCCGCGAUUUAGAGCACGUGAAUAUUGUGGCGAUAAACUCGACGUCCGCGCGGAUCCGCUUCACACUGCCAUCGCUUUUGGUGGGACUGAUAGGUCACGCGGAGCUGCACUACACCACUGACAUGAAUAUACCUCGAUCUCAAUGGAAUAUCCAGAAGUUUGCGCGACCCAAACGACUCUUUGACACCGCGAACAUUGAAUACCAUUUGGGAAAUCUGAGUCCAGACACCACUUACUUCUUCCAAAUACAAGUGAUCAUCGAAGCCCUCCAAUCGGGUCCCGAAAGCCAAGUCUACAAACUAUAUUUGCCUCCAAUCCCGUCCACUGCCAGCACUACCACCUCAACCACAACUGUUCCGCCAAUGAUAAUGCUUGACGUUCAGCUCAAUGCCGUCUCCAAUGAUUAUAAGACAUUGAAAAUUUCGUGGAGAGUAUUCAGUCCUCAGGAGAAGAAGUUCAUUGACGGCAUUCAGAUUCGCUAUAAAAACGCCGAAAAGGAUCAAAACGAAUGGAAGACAACACCAAUACUGCACAGAGAUGUCAGGUCUUAUAUGUUGAGGGAUUUAGAGCCCGGAGUGUCUUAUGCCGUCGACUUACUCUUUACGCCAAAUCCUGAUAUUGAAACGCAUAUCAUAUCUACGAAACCAAUAGUGAUUGAUAUGCCUUCGUCUCCGAAAGACUUGUUUGACAUAACUGUCACAAUACAUCCCAAUGAUGUGAAUGUAGACACGCUGUACACCACAAUCAAGAUGAAUGAUCUGCCGUUUCCUAUCAAUAAGUUUAUUAAUGUUGUGAAGAUAUCGUACAGAAGUGAAGAUAGUAUGGAAUUGUUGCACACAUUCAAAGACCCGGACGAAGAGGGAAGGAUUGUUUUGGAUGGACUCAAACCUAACAGAAGAUACAAAGCAUGGAUUGAUCUCUACUUAACGAAUGGUAAGACUGUCUCAUCAAAUGCCAUUGAAUUCACAACAAAAGAUAGAGCGCUGUCGGCAAACAUCGAUAAGAUAGACAUUUCGGCCAAUGAGGCGGAAGCGCUUCGGGAAAGCGAUCUAAUGGACGGAAGAUAUUUCUAUUGUCUGGUCAUUGUGUCGGUGUUCGCGGCGGUCACUGCAAUCGCAUUCGUCGUUGUCUUAUAUUUUUUGCUCCGAAAGCAAUCGUCAGCGAAAGCGCCGAUCACUAGAGCGCCGUCGGAAUCCGCUUACGAUAACCCGACUUAUAAAACCUACGAAAUCGGCGAAAGACCAGUCGAAGAGAAUGGUAUUGAACAAUAA